CCCAGAGAAAGAAAAGAAGAACACAUACAUUAACAAUGUGGUCUGUGUUUCAGUACUACUCGGCGGCGGCGAUCUUGGUGGCAUUGACGACGGCGUUUGGGGGAUCCAAUGCGCAGCUCAGCGCCACUUUUUACGACGGGACGUGCCCUAACGCGACGACUGUUGUGCGCGACGUCGUGCAACGGGCGCAGCGGAGCGACGUCCGCAUAGGCGCCAAACUCAUCCGCCUUCACUUCCACGACUGCUUUGUCAACGGUUGUGACGGGUCGCUUUUGCUAGACGAUGGAAACGGCAUAGAGAGCGAGAAAGGUGCAGUUCCAAAUCAAGCAGCAGAUGGAUUUGAUGUGGUUAACGACAUCAAAUCAGCAUUAGAGAGUGUUUGUCCCGGCAUCGUCUCUUGUGCUGAUAUUCUAGCCAUUGCUUCUCAAGUUUCAGUCUCUUUGGCUCAAGGUCCAUCAUGGGAAGUUCAACUAGGUAGAAGAGACAGCAGAACCGCGAACCGAGCAGGAGCCGACAAUGACAUUCCCGGUCCUUUCGAAAGCCUCAGCAGUGUCGUUGCCAAGUUUUCUGCCGUCGGACUCGAUUCCACCGACCUAGUUGCUUUAUCUGGUGCUCAUACAUUUGGGAGGGCUCGGUGCGUGGCCUUUAGCCGCAGGCUCUACAACUUCAACAACAGCACGAACCCUGACCCCUCGCUGGACCCCACCUACUUGCAGACACUCCGCCAGACGUGCCCCCAAGGCGGCGAUGGCAGCGCCCUCGCCAAUCUUGAUCCUUCCACUCCGAACACCUUCGACAACAACUACUUUACCAACCUCCAGAACAACCGCGGCCUCCUCCAGACUGAUCAGGAGCUCUUCUCCGCCGGCACCGCCGCCACCACUGCCGCCGUCAACCGGUUCGCGGCCAGCGAGAGCGAGUUCUUCGACAGCUUCGGUCGGUCCAUGAUAAAUAUGGGGAACAUAAGUCCCUUGACGGGGAACAAUGGAGAGAUUAGGUCUGAUUGCAAAAGGGUUAAUUAGAAAAAUAUUAAUUAAUUAAUUCACAAAUGCAGGUGAAAGAUUUUAAUUGGGUAUUAAUUGGAAAAAAAAAAAUUAGGUCUUCUGAAAAUGCCAACGUGGUCCUCCCAUCAAAUCAUUUCUUCCAAUGAAAAAUACGCGAAAUAGUGAAUAGGAUCCACUAUUUUAUGUAUUUUCAUUUGACGAAAGGGUCUGAAAAAAGGAUCAUGUUAGUCUUUCCGAACGAUCAAAUUUUCUCUCAUAUCAAUUAGGUUGUAUGAAUUUGAAAUAGUGUAUCUCUCAUGAUGUUUUGACUAGGCAUAGGUUUCAUAUUUUUGUAUCUAGUUUAAGUAACAUCAAAAUUGUAUUUGUCCAAGCUGAAGUCUUAUAAAUUUAGUUAGUAAUGAAAGUUGAAUGUUGUUGCAAUUAUAUAUGAAUGGCAAUGUUUUUAUUAAUAGUUAUCUCAUGUACUAAGAAACUAUUUAGGAAUUAUUGUACUGUUUUUUCAAUAAUCAAUAAAUGAUUCUCGUGGCAUCCUUUCU